AUGAGGUCAUGGCUUCACCGCCAGGCAAAGAGCUUCAACCGCUUGUCAGCCCAGUAAAAACCCAGUCUGGGGGGAGAGAAAAAAAUCGCCCACUGACAAAUGUGAUGACUGAGUAAAAGGACAGGGGAACGUUUGUUGUGAAGCUUUACAAGAAAAAGAAACUUAGUGUAAUUAGAAACAUUCCUUUUUGGAGUCUCUUGGACUGCUUUAUAUAGAUUCCUGCCUCGCUGUCGUGCCAGCUGAGUGCUAGUUAAAUGCUGAGCAGCCGCUUCAGAAUUACAACACUGCACAGAGCCGGGAUUUUCUCAAGCAAAGGUUGACCAAUUUGGAGCUGGACUGAGCAGCUGAACACUGUUAAGCACUAACUACAGCUACCAGGCAGCUACUCUGUGUUACUUCUGUGCUUCAACAGAAAUGCCUUGGAAACACAAACCAGUCCUCCUCUGUGUGUUGACAGCCUGCAUCACAGCACUGGUGUUGGGUUUAGAGGAAAGGGGGAAAUAUGAUGAGUGCGCUGACCUCAACAACACCACCUGGCAGGAGUACCGGCAGCGGAGAAUCAAGCUGCAGGUCGAGUACCUGCUGAUGACCAGAGCAAACAUGGACUGUGCACAAAAGUUUGACCAGGACUCUCUCGGUGAAUCACAGCAGCAGCUGUCCUACUUCAACAUCUCCCGGCCCACCAAGGUCAUCAUCCACGGGUACAGGGCCCUGGGCAGAAAGCCGUCCUGGGUGAAGGAGCUGGCGCGGGCCCUGCUGAGGGCGCAGGAUGCGAACGUUGUGGUAGUGGACUGGGUCUAUGGUGCUUCCUUCGCCUAUAACCUGGUGGUGGAGAAUUACAAGGAGGUGGCUCUGCAGAUCUCUGUCCUCAUCAACCAGAUGCAGAAACAUGGAUGCAAACUAGAGUCCUUCCACUUCAUCGGGAUCAGUCUUGGGGCGCACGUCGCUGGUUUUGUGGGGACUCUGUUUGAGGGGAAGAUAGGAAGAAUCACAGGUGUUGACCCAGCUGGUCCCAUGUUUAAAGGAGCCGACACAUAUGACCGUCUGGACCCGUCUGAUGCUCAGUUUGUCGACGCCAUCCACACAGACUCUGACUAUUUUGGUAUUUCCAUCCCUGUCGGUCAUGUGGACUUCUUUCUGAACGGAGGAAAGGACCAGACUGGAUGUGCUCGCUCCAGGUUCAACUCAAUUCUCAUCUACUUCCCAGUGUAUGGUUAUGUGAUAUGUGACCACAUGAGGGCGCUGCAUGUCUACAUGAGCGCACUCAACGGCUCGUGCCCGAUAGUGGGGAUCCCGUGCCACAGCUAUGAGGACUUCCUGAAGGGACGCUGUUUGGACUGUGAUAUCUUCAAGGGCAGGUGUCCAACUAUAGGUUUAUCAGAAAACAAUGGGAUAACCACGUCUCCACUCCCCAGAGAGCAGAAGCUGUUCCUGCUCACUACGUCUUCACCACCUUUUUGCUCUCAUCACAUCCUGCUGCAGCUGGAGGUUUCUCCUCUGGAUAAGAGCGCUGAGUUGGAGGUGACACUGACGACCGAGAACCAGGGAACACAGCGGCGGCUCAGGCUUCGGACAGAUACGACGGUGUACAGGACGGUGUUGUCUCACCCCGUCGCUCUGUGUGAGAUCCACACCAUCAAGCUGAAGAACACCGGAGCUCGUUUCUACAGACAGGGAGACGUCCACGUCAAGUCUGUGUGCCUCACAAAGUUCCCCUCUCUCAGGCGAGAGGAGCCACUGUGUGUGAACAACUUCCACGUCAGACGAGGAGCUCCGUGGUCACAUGACUUGGUGCAGGUGUGUGGCUUCUACUAAGGAAGUGAGAUCUACUCAGAAAGACACUGAGGGGGGAAACACAUCUACAGUGAAGUCACCCAACUUUCACUGUUUCACUGUUGACCAUAAUGAUCAGAGCCAAAGACUGCAUUUUAUCCUGGAGAGGAAGUUACCAUUAGAGAGACGAUCACUCUGCUACUGAUAACAAGCAGCCUAGUUGUACUUUAUUAUUUGGUUAUUUGGCUAAUCCACUGAUCCUCCAACAUCAUGACUUUGUUGUUAUUCAGGUUUGCCUUUCCGUUCUCCCCCUGCAGCUCCCUAUUCUUCUGUAUUCUGGUUUUAGGAUGUUCCAGGUUUCUUACAUAUUUUCUAACUUGUAGUUUUAAUGGUGCUGAAUUCAGUUUGUCUUGUAAUAAACUGGUGACUGUGCUCUGCUUUUCUCUGUAGAUGUUUGAAAGUUAAAUAUUGAUGUUUGACAUUGGUGGACACCAAUUCAGUUACACUGAUAAAGACAUACUUGUUA